AUGGGAGAUGUGAAGGUGAUAGGGGUUACCACAAGCCUAUUUUGCCCGAGAGUUGAAUGGGCUCUAAAACUGAAAGGCGUUGAGUAUGAAUACAUUGAAGAAGUCCUAUCAAACAAGAGUCCUACUCUUCUCAAGCUCAACCCUGUUCUCAAGAAGGUCCCAGUGCUUGUGCAUGAUGACAAACCCAUUGCUGAGUCCCUCGUCAUCCUCGAAUACAUUGAUGAGACAUGGAAGGACAACCCAUUGCUGCCUCAAGAUCCUUAUGAGAGAGCCACGGCUCGUUUUUGGGCAAAGUUUGCUGAUGAGAAGUGUGUGUCUGGUAUAUGGAGAGCUUGCAAGGCUGAAGGUGAAGAGAAAGAAAAGGCCAUACAGUGUGCACAAGAAUCUCUAGCAUUUCUUGAGAAACAGAUUGAAGGGAAGAAGUAUUUUGGAGGAGAAGAGAUAGGAUUUAUGGACCUGGUAGUGGGUUGGAUGCCUUUUUGGCUCGACUUCAUGGAAGAAGACGGCGACAUGAAGCUACUUGACGCCCAAAAAUUUCCUUCCCUCCAUGAAUGGGCUCAAAAUUUCAUCCAAAUUCCACUCAUUAAGGAAUGCCUUCCACCAAGAGAAAAGCUGGUCAAUUACUUCCAAGUUUGUCUCAGCUACUUGCGUUCCUUAGGCAACAAACACCCAUGA